UAUAUGGAUGUGACAAAGAAUUUUAUUCAAUUCUUACAGUUGUUAAUAAGCAGUUGUUAACAACCAGAAGUUAUUGAAGUGUUUGAUUACAUGUGAGUUUGAUUACAUGUGUGUUCCGUCCUAUAAUGUGACAGCGAAUUUGAAAAUUUGGGAAUUUUAUUAUUAAAUCUUUUAUCUUAGGUGUCACGCAAUAUCUUUUUGCGGCGAAUUCGUGUACAAUGGCACUUAUAACGGGUUACUGGAGCUUGGCCGGCAUAAUAAUUUCGACGAUUCUCAUUAUAACUUUCUAUCUUUACAUGACACGUAAAUUCAACUACUGGAAGAAACGAGGCGUUUUGGAAAUUUCUCCAACACCAAUUUUUGGCAAUUUCACGGAUUGCAUACUUUUAAAGAAAAAAUCUCCUGGAUAUGUUCUGAAAGAGCUUUAUGAGCAAGGCAAGGGAAUGCCUUAUAUCGGCUUUUAUGUAUUAGACAAACCGUUCUUGUUGAUUCGCGAGCGGGAAGUCAUUAAAAACAUUCUAAUAAAAGACUUUGAUUACUUUGCUGACCGAUACGGCUCGCCUGACGACAUAAAUGAUCGUCUGGGUUAUGCUAAUCUCUUUUUUAUCAGAAAUCCAGCUUGGAAGUUUUUAAGAACAAAGUUGACGCCAAUUUUUACGUCCGGCAAGCUGAAAAAGAUGUUCGAGCUGAUGCUAGAAUGCAGUAAUGAUUUAAAUACGUAUCUUGAAUUGUUGAAUUUAGACGAUAAAGGAAUCGAAUUGGAUAUAAGAGAGGUAACUGCCAAAUUCUCUACGGACAUAAUCGGUACUACUGCCUAUGGUCUUAAUGUGAACUCGUUGAAUAAUCCGGACGCCGAGUUUCGUAGACAUGGCAAAAAAGUUUUUCACAUCGACUUUUUCCGUGGUUACGAGAUGCUUGCGAUGUUCUUCUUGCCAGGAAUAUUUCGUUUAGCUGGUUGGAAAGUGUUCGGCAAGGAAAGCACCGUCUUUUUACGUAAUGCCCUUUGGGAGACCCUCAUUCAACGCACGGAAUCCGGUAUAAAGAGAAACGAUCUUAUUGAUGUGCUUAUUGAAUUGAGAAAAACUUAUGGAGAUCAGGAUAUCGGAGGAGGAUUUAGGUUUGAUGGAGACGAUCUGGUAGCACAAGCAGCUAUUUUCUUCACAGCUGGUUUUGAAACCUCUUCAACGACAAUGGCUUUCGCUUUGUACGAACUCGCAAUACAUCCGGAAAUGCAAGACAGGCUUAGAAAAGAAAUUCUUGAUGCGCUCGACAAAACUAACGGCAAAAUCACAUACGACAUGAUCUUUUCGCUAUCGUAUCUCGACAUGAUAGUAUCCGAAACUUUGAGGAUGUACCCGCCGUUACCGUUCCUAGAUCGCAAAACAAUGGAUACCUACAAGAUGCCGAAUUCCGAUCUAGUUCUCGAGAAGGGCACGCCAAUUUAUGUCUCGUUGCUUGGUUUGCACUAUGACCCGGAAUACUAUCCCAAUCCGAAUAAAUUCGAUCCGGAGCGAUUCACAGAGGAGAACAAACGUAACAGACCAUCAUGUAUCUAUCUUCCGUUUGGAGACGGACCACGCGUAUGUAUAGGCAACCGUAUGGGACUUUUACAGACAAAACUGGGAAUCGUUACAAUUUUGAGCAAGUAUGAGGUAGCACCGUGCAAAAAAACUCUAAUACCAAUGAUGAUCAAUCCGGCGGCUUCCAUGACAUCGCCACUGAAUGGCGAUAUACACCUCAACAUCCGCAGAAUUAAUGCUAAUUAAAAUUUGAUAGCAUCACUUUACUGCUUUCAAGUCAUAGAACGCACGCAACUCGUUCAAUAUUUUAAAGGUGAUUUUUUGUGAUAAAUAUUUUAAAUGUGUUAAUAAUCUCUUAAAAUUUUUAUUUAUAACACAUUUUUAUCGUGAGAGACGCUUCUUAUAUGUUAAAAUUAGAUUUAAUAUUUCUUACGUAUAAAUAUUGUGUAGAACUAAUAUUACUAAUGUACUAAUAUUACUAAUGUAACAAUUGAACAUUAAUAAAUUUUAAUUUUUUUUUUGUUUAGUUAAAAAUUCAA